AUGGAACCCGAGUUCUGGACACAGUGUCGCGUCUCGGGGACUCUGGCCAGGCUUGAGGGAGUCUUGAAUAAAGACAAUGUUGAUUCUUACUUGAAGCGACUGUCCUCUGCGCCCCAUAUCCUUCAGAUAUUCCUAUCCGGGGCAAGCGACGGCCUGUUCUCGUUUGUCUCCAAUGUGAUAGAACGGGGCUUCCCAAGCGCGCCCGGCCUAUUCAAAGAUUCCACUAGCUCCAUCAUGCUCUCUCAAUUGUCUCUCUCGCUAUUCUUCUUGACGUUUCCUGCGGAUUUUGCCGCUCCGAGCAACCUUGCAGACUGCCGACGCUCCGUUGAGCUGUCGAUACCAGUCUUGGAUGCUCUGCCUUUCCUAACUUUCCAGACCGAGGAUCAUGAGCCCGAGACUAUUUAUGACGACGACGACAUGCCGUUCAAAGUCACACAGAAAUCCCAGUCAAAAAAUAAGAAGCAUAAGAAACCCAAAAAGCCUGUCAACGAUGAAGCACCAUUUCGUAACCUUGGAGUCGACGUUCCAUGUUCGCCUCAAGAGGCUGAGAAGCUCGGGUCUGAUAUCCUUGCCGACCAAAAGGGGAUAUUAUUGUAUUACCUUGAGAUUCUUCGGCGGCCUGGCCUGGGGGAGUACCUUCCGCGCCUAUAUGAUACGGAACGAGAACAAAAGGGGGUCAAGGUUGAUGUCGACUCCAGUGCGCAAGGGGGCCAGAAUGAUGAGCACAUGGGAGUGCCUGCCAUGGAGUCCGCAUAUCCCAUAGUGCAACCGAUGAAGGCCGCACUUUACUUCGAAAGCGCCAAGGGACUUGGGGACUGGCACAUUUUCGUGUCAACUAGAGCAGAUCGCGACCUGCGAGCGGCGAGGAAGAAGGAUCCGGAUACGUUCAAGAUCAUUGCAAAGAAAAUUGGAGACUUAUCGAAGGGACAUUUUUCAAAGGACAACCAGAAGCGCUUAACAGGACCGUCCUUGGAUGUCCCCAUCUACGAGGCGAAGAUGACAGGGGACUUGCGAUUAGUGUACCAAAUCGACUGUAUCCCCGAGUUCGACAGUGAUAUCGAACGGCAAGUCAUCAAGAUUUUCGGUAUAUACACGCAUGCGCAGAUGGACAAUCGCUUGUGGGAAUACGUGGGCCAUCAGCUCUCCGGUAGAGGAAAAGAGUAUCGGAGAAGGUAUAUCCCCCAAUGUUGGACAGCACUGCAGUUACCGAGACAAACUAGGUGUAUCUUCCGAAACAAACCCCUCAACUCCGGAGACAACGUCAUCCCCCCUGCUUCCUUCCCCCCACAAUCAGACGGAACGGAGGAGUCGUCACAGAUCCUACCCCAAAUCCCGCAGAACUAUUUACAAGAGAUCCAUUCUAUUCUUGUGCUGGAGAAAUUCGUUACAUUAUCACAGGCAUUCCUAAACAGUAUACUGGCCGAUCGCGAUGUUGCUCAUGUCUUUGCCGUCUCACCGUAUGAACGGGAAAUCAUUGAGCACACUUCCUCGUGCUACGUGAUAGGUCGCAGCGGGACAGGCAAAACGACGACAAUGCUAUUCAAAAUGCUAGGCAUCCAACGCUCAUGGGAACAGCAUAGUUUCUCUAUGCCCAAGCCGCGUCAGAUCUUUGUUACUCGCUCGCCGAUCCUCGCAGUGAAGGUCGAGGAGUACUUUACGAAACUACUCAAGUCUCUUGGUAUAGCAUCCUCGAAGCCACGAGAUCUGGUUCAGGGCGACGACAUUGCCGGAGAUUUGCAAGUGGUGAGAACACUGGCAGACCUCGAUGAGAACGCGGAAUGGAGGGUAGACCUUCCCAAACGAUUCAGUCUUUUAAGGCCCGAGCAUUUCCCGCUUUUCAUCAGCUUCGACCAUCUCUGCAGUAUGCUGGAAGGAGAUUUCGGGCAGUCGAUUUCUGCAUCAAGGGAGGUCUCUACGGAAACACAUUCGACGACUGACGAAAUAUACACUGGGGGACGUCAGCCGGUAAAAGGGCAUGAUUCGAUGGUUUCGUAUGAUAAAUUCCUCGAAGAGUACUGGCCUCACUUGCCGCAGGCCUUGACCAAGGGAUUGGAUCCUGCCCUCGUGUUCAAUGAAAUUAUGGUGUUGAGACGCCUGUGCAAAAAUCCGAAUGGAAUGUUCUGGGCGGGUGACACCGCACAAACCAUCUCCAUCGGCAGCUCAUUCAAGUUCAAUGAUUUGAAAGCAUUCCUCCAUCGCCUGGAAUUUGCGAAUCACGUUGAGGCUCGGUUGAAAUCACGCUCCACCGUGACAUACUCCCCAGAACCGCCGCGGACAUUUCAACUUGCCAUCAACUAUCGCUCCCAUGCUGGAAUCGUCAGAUGUGCACACUCGAUUGUAGAACUUAUCACCAGGUUUUGGCCACACUCGAUUGACUCGCUAGGUGAAGAGAAGGGCAUCGUUGAAGGUCUACGUCCAAUCUUCUUUGGUUGUUCAGACUUAGACACUGUACGCUAUGAACAAUUUCUGUUCGGCGAAUCCGCAGCCCGGAUCGAAUUUGGUGCGAGACAAUGUAUACUCGUUCGAAACGAGACCGCGAAAGAUGAACUCCGGCAGCAUGUUGGGGACAUAGGUGUCAUCCUGACAUUGUAUGAGAGCAAAGGCUUGGAGUUUGAUGACGUCUUGUUGUACAACUUCUUUGCGGACUCGAGUUGCACCCUGUCUCAAUGGAGAAUGAUCCUAGCUGUUGUGGUAGAGAUCGGACCGAGCGCCCGAGCGCCCACGUUCAACGAAGUGCGGCAUGCUGGCAUAUGCAAUGAACUCAAGUUUCUAUAUGUAGCCGUGACAAGGGCUCGCAAUAACUUAUGGAUAUAUGAUCCAUCUGACAAAGCGCAACCUAUGCAGACCUUCUGGUCCACUAAUGGCUGUAUCGACUUAUAUACGUCAAAGAUGGAGUUGCCCAAGCUCGCAGUGUCUUCUACUCCUGAAGAAUGGUCCGGAACUGGGUGGAGUUUGUUCGAAAACCGGCGUUACUAUCAGGCUAUGCAUUGCUUUCAACGAGCUGGCUUGAAGUACGAGACCGAUAUCGCUUCCGCGUACCAUCUUCGGGAUCAUGCCAGAUCAAUUCACUCGCUCGCAUCCGCGCGUUCGAAGGCCUUCAUGGAAGCCGCAGAUGCCUUCGUCGGUGUAGCGGCUGCCUCCAACCAACCUCGAGACAGGCUUACUUACAUGAAAAAUGCUGCACAAUGUUACGUGCUGGCAGAAGAUGUCCGAAAGGCAGCUCAGGCUUUUCUUGAUGCCGAGGAGUUCACCCUCGCUGCCAGUCAGUAUCAAAAGGCUGGCUUAUUCGAUGAGGCAAUCGAAGUCAUUCGAACCACCCAGGUGGAAGCAGAUAUAGCAGGCACUAUUUGCCACACUGCGCGUCUGUUCUAUCUCCAGAAAAAACGACUGAAACAGGCCGCAACUCUCUUUGACUCAGUCGAAGACGAGCUAUGUUUUAUGGAAGACUUCGGUUUUGACGAUGUCAGGGCCGACGUUCUAGAAAGCAUGGACAAGCAUGCGGAGGCUGCGGCGAUUCACCUUGAGGAGGGCCAGUUGUUUGAUGGAAUACGCCUGCUUUUAAAAGAUAGGACCGAUCCGCUCGCGCAGCAGCGAGCCAAGGAACACUUGAAGGAUUGUUUUUGGCAGAUCAUGUCUCUCGACUGCGAUGAUGUGAUAUUGGAUGCGGGUCGUAUCGGCUCGGAACAACUACUGCACUGGACGCGGCAGAUUGAGGAAACAACGGGAAGACACGGUCUUGAUGAUGAGAUGCGUAUGUUCAAAGCUAUCAGUUCUGGUGACUACGUCAGUCUGGAGCGACUGGGCCACAUGCUGGCCAGGAGCAACUUGAAGGCUGCCGCCUUCUUGUGUUUUACUCACGUAUUUCGUCCAUGCUCCUUAAUACCCACAAUGUCGGCAAAGGAAGCAAGUGGGUUUCUCUCCAGUUUCGUCACCUACACAGAGCUCUUGCGCCAUGUCGCUACUCACCAAGCCCCGCAUAUCAGUAAAUCCAUCUCCAAAUUGUUCGGAUUUCGACUCGAGCCGCAGGGAUCCGUCCUCCUGCCAAAAGGUACAUUUUUCCACAAGGUAUCUUCACGGAAGAAGUCUCGUGUACUAGGGUCGAAUGACGAUGGCAUUCGGCUUUCCGAGGCGCAAUUCCUUGGUCUUUACAAGCACUCGCUAGCUGGUUAUGCCCUUGAUAUUGUGCUCGAGGAAGAUAAUCAUUGGCAGGAACUCAAGGCCUUACGUCCUUGUCUGGCGCUCGUCGCGUUUGGACGCUGCAACGCCGAGGAUGUCUGUCCCAAAGACCACGUCCCCACCUCACGCCUGAGGGCAGAUGCCUACAACACUCGGAGUGCAGAGUGCAGAGGCAGCGAGCUGUGUUGCUUCGACUACAUGAGGCUUUGUAUCCCUCCCACCCUCUCUUAG